GAGCUUACCCAGAGACAUACGGUUUUGUUCAUACAGGAUUAGCAUGGCUUUUCGCUCCAUCCUAUACUUUCUAGUCCUUGCAGCACUUCAAGCAAGCACUUACAGCCUGAAGUUGGAGAAUAUCACAGUCCUUGAGGGAAAUCCAGCAGUUCUCAAUUGUACAAUGAAUAAAAGUGAAGGCUCAUUUAUUGAGUGGAAAAAUCCAAAGCAGCAAGUUCUGUACUUUAACAACAUCAAAGCACUAAGGGAUAACAGAUACAAACUAGUUAAUUUUUCAAGCUCACAGUUAAUCAUCACGCUACUCAAAACCACAGUGGACGAUGACGGUGUAUAUAGCUGCUUGUAUUAUGAUCACAAAAUAGUAACAAAGCAAGUGAAGCUGACUGUUUUAGCUCCACCAUUAACCCCCAUUCUGAACAUCACUAAGCAAUCACCAAAGAGGAAGGUGAUCAGUUGUAUCACCACUGGAAGCAAGCCAAAGCCUGAAAUAACAUGGCUCCUGAACAACAGACUGGAGUUGCACGGACGUACAAAAUAUAAACCAGAAAAUAAGGGUGCAAAGUUUACAACAAUCAGUACAUUGAAAAUCAAAUCUCAUGAGAAGAAUUUCAGAAUUGACUGUGUGGUUCGACAUGAAGCAUUAAUGAACAGAACCCUUAAAGCAACAUUCAGAUUUAAUAACAACUACAAUUUCAUUGGACCAACUGAAUUGUACACAGAAACUGCAAAUGUAAAUGAGACAACAAUGAAUCCAAGCUCAACACCAAACACAGAGUUACCAUUCACAAAAAUUCAACAAAGCACCUUCCCGAAUGAAACAGACUCAUUCACUGCAAAUGACAGCAAUCCCUUUAAUACAUAUGAAACCAGCACCAAAAGAAAUGAAGGGACUGCGUUUAAUUCUACAUCUACCUGGAAUGAAACAAAUAUUUCAUCCAUUGAAAAUAAGAAUACAACUUCGACAGUAAAAUGUCAAAACAAUAAUAUCAUGGAAAAUGAUGCCAAGUAUGAGAAACAACACAUGAAGAAGAAUGGAGCCCUAUUACUGAUACUUGUAGCUUUCCUGAUUUGUGGCUUGGUCAUCGUCUUCCAAUUAUUUGUGCUAAAAUUAUGGAAAGAGCAUUUAAAGUGGAGAAAGCAAAAAGAUGAAUCUGACACCAUUGGGGAUAGUAACAGAUCAAAUAAGUCAAGUCAUGAAGAAAAUGGUCGAACAGAAAACAAUAACCAAGGCAAUUUUGAGAGGCUCGGAAAUUGGAAACGGUCACGGCGGCUAAUGUUGCACUUAAAUAGGGUUAACUUGGACUUGGACAGAAAUGUGGAGACAACUGAUUUGACUUUGAUAGGAUUCACAUCUUUUCCUUGCAAUUGAAGAUGGAUGUCAUUAAACUUUGCGAAUAAUUCUGACAAACAAGCAGCAUCAUGCCUCAUAUUCUUGAGUUGUUUACUGAAUGAAGCAUUCAAAUCUUCAUAGAAUUUUAUCACAGUUUCAAAAAUUGCAUAAACGCAUCUCGAGCAGUUUCCUUUUGAGAGCCAUCUGACUUGUAUGUACAAGAGCAAGUGUUCAAACUGUUCAUCAUUCUCAACAUAAAGCUCCUGAAAUA